AUGGGCUACCUCGAUGUUACGAACCAAAACUCGACGAAUGGUCUCCUGGGUACUGGCUCUGUUGUUUCCAAAUUGUUACCAAAUACACUAUACCUCACCUUUAAUGCUCCAUGUGUGGAUGAUUAUCAUCGCGGACUCUUCAUCACCUAUCCACCGAUCUUAUGUGAUCUAGAUGGCCCGACGAGCGGUAUUCUUUUCCAUGCGACAUACAUCGACUCCAAGUGGGUGCUAGAGCAGCGCGACAUCCGAGACGUUUCUGCUUCAAAAAGUCUCGUCUUACUUUAUCACUUGCAUACGAUCUCAGCACCAUCGGACGAACAGCUCUUCAACUCGUACGAGAAGAUGCAAAAGGUGGUCCAAAACGUACCAAUGGGUCGGAAAGCUCGAGAAGACGCGUACGGUGAGACUAGAGCUGGGAAUCCAGAGUUGGAUGGCUACGACUGCGUCAUCUGGACAGGUGAUGCGAUGAGAGCGUUGAUCAAAGAGGGCUUGAUCGAUCUACAAGGUCGAGAUGUUGGUUCGUACUCUCUUCCAUCCCGUUACCCAAUUGUUGGCUCUUCAGGAAACAGAUCCAGCGCUAACGAUGCGGUUGCACUUGUAGAAGAGGUCAUGGCGGAAGCUCGAUCUUUAGCUGGACCCGAGGACGCUAAGACGAUGGUGGGGGUAGACUUUGGAGGGCUGAAAAUCAUGUGA